AUGGACCGCGACAAAGACAAUCUCGUGAAUUCGCAUAGACCAAAGUCAAAAUCUGCUUCAAAUAAAAGACAUGGCAAGACCAAUAACGCGUCAUUACAAGCUUGCGAAAAGACCACUCAGCCACAUAGACCAGCUAAGAAGCCCAAGAACGACAAAGUCUCAGCAUAUCGUGCUUGGCCACAAUAUUUUCAGGAAUUAAAUAAAGUAUUCAAGUCGUUAAACACGGUAUAUACAUUUUGCUGUACACGGAAGCAUAUCGCGAUAACUUUCGAGACUAUAAAAGCAUCGGUCGAAAAUUUAACAAAAAAGACACUUUCCAUUGAAAACUUGGCGGAAAUAAGAGCUCUUGUCCCGACCAUGAUCUCUUUUAUGUAUACCGAUAAAGAGACAAUGUUGAAAAAAGUUGGGAGCCACAAAGUGGAUGACUCGUACGAGUUACAUUCUUCAAAACAUUCUUUUGAUCUUUUGAUAGAAUUUUUGGACGGAGAUCCGCAACAAGCAGUUAAGAAACGAAAUAAAAAAGCAGAGGACGCGUCGCCCACAUAUAACACGGCUUCCUUAGCUCAAGUAAUCGAGAAGAGAGACCUGAAAUUUCAAACAGCAGUCAUUGAAUUUCUUGAUGAAUGCAGCAAAAAGCAAAUAGAUCCUGUAGAGCGUAUUAGCGUCCUGUCGCGUCAAUAUUUACCAGCGAAUCCUGGAGAGAAAAAUUCGGGGUCAUCUCUCGAACCGAUUACAACUGAUAAAAAGCAGACAACAAUUGACGAUCUGAUUCAAGAAUUAAAGAAGCAACCAUUCUACCACGAUCAGAUAGUACCCGAUGGUUGUCGAAUCCUUGAUGAAAGACUUGCUGAAUAUGGUGAGCUCACUGUACCUUUGUCGCAGGAAAUGCGAGUCGCUCUCUUGCAAAUCAAGGGCAUAAGCAAAUUUUACGUUCACCAGGCACAAGCAAUUAAUGCUCUAAACGAGGGCUAUAACGUAAUAGUAUCAACGUCUACGUCAAGUGGUAAAUCUUUAGUGUAUCAAAUUCCAGUCCUUCAAGCAUUACAAACAGACCGUGACGCGCGUGCUAUGUACGUGUUUCCAACGAAAGCACUCGCGCAAGACCAGAAACGCGCUCUUCAAGAGCUCCUCUCGGCUAUUCCUUGUUUACAAAAUACUCAAAUCGCUGCAUUUGAUGGGGACACACCAUGGGAAGAGCGGGCAAACGUAAGAGAAAAUGCGAGGAUAAUCUUUACGAAUCCGGAUAUGUUACAUAUUGCAAUUUUACCUCAUGAGAUUCGGUGGAGAUCGUUUUUCGCGAAUCUAAGAUAUGUUGUAGUUGAUGAACUACAUGUGUAUAACGGCCUAUUCGGAUCACAUAUCGCACUAGUCAUGCGUCGUCUUCGUCGACUUUGCGCGACCUUUGGCAAUCCUAACAUUCAGUUUGUUUCAUGUAGUGCAACUGUAGCAAAUCCCGAAGAGCAUAUGAAAGCAAUUUUUGGUAUCGACAACAUUCGGUUAAUAUCCGUGGACGGUUCACCGUGCGGAAGAAAGGUCCAUCUCGUAUGGAAUCCAGCACUUGUUGAUAAUAGUGACAAAACACAAGGACGACAUAGUUCAAUCACAGAGACUGCAAAGCUAAUCGACUUUUUGAUUUCGCGUGGCGUUAGAACCAUAGCAUUUUGCAAGGUACGCAAAGCUUGCGAAAUGCUGCUAAAAGAAGUUCGAGAUCAACUCAACUCGUCAAAUAAAUCCGAACUUGCGUCGCGAGUCAUGUCGUAUAGGGCUGGUUACACGCCUCAGGAUCGCCGACGGAUAGAGCAGCAGAUGUUCAAGGGAGAGCUCCUGGCUAUUAUCGCCACCAGUGCUUUGGAAUUAGGUAUUGAUAUUGGCACGCUAGACGCCGUUAUUACUAUGGGAUUCCCCUGGACGAUAUCUGCCUUGCGCCAACAAUCUGGCAGGGCUGGCAGAAGAAACAAAGAUUCUUUAUCCAUACUUGUUGGAGAUUCCCAUCCACUUGAUCAACACUACAUGCGAAAUCCGGAUGAAUUAUUUACCAAACCAAACGCAAAUCUUAAUAUUGACGUAGAGAACAAUUUGAUUCUUGGAUCUCAUCUUCAAUGUGCAGCGCAUGAAAUGCCCAUAUAUCCCGUAUUGGAUUGCAAGUAUUUCGGCAACGGAUUGGAGAAGUUAUGUCAAGAGUGUCUGGUGGAGGAUGGUGAAGGAUUUUAUCAUUGUCAUCCAAAGUAUCGACCGUAUCCAAGCUCGCAUGUGAAUAUUAGAGGUAUUGGAGAUGAAGUAUAUGUGGUGAUUGACACUACAAAUGAUCGAAAUACUUUAUUGGAAGAAAUUGAGGUGUCAAGGGCUAUUUUCUCUAUAUACGAGGGUGCGAUAUUCUUUCAUCAAGGAAUUACGUAUCUCGUAAAAGAGCUAAAUGUCGAUAAGAAAUAUGCAAUAGUGGUGGCGACUAACGUUGAUUGGCACACAAGACAAAGCUUACAACAACUAUUGGUUCGUAGUGAUGUGGACCCGAUAGAGACACACAACACGAAAUAUAUUGGUCAAUCAGGAAAUUUAGCCUAUUAUGGAUCAUUAAGAGUAUCGACAACUGUCUUUGGAUAUUGGAAAAUCAAUCGUAAAAACAAACUAUUCGAGAAGGUUGAUCUUAAUAUGCCACCACUUGUCCGCAAAACUUGUGGAUUAUGGAUGGAGGUACCUCCGUCUGCAGUUGAGUUGAUCAGAUCUAUGGAAUUGGAUGUAGAAGCAAGCGUACAUGCGGCAUCUCAUUGCUUGAUGUCACUCUUGCCCUCGUAUGUCUAUUCCAUACUCGGCGAUGUAAGAACUGAAUGUAAGAGUCCUCAUGCGACGAGACCCCGGCCCGCACGAAUUAUACUCUACGAUACAAACGGGCACGGAACCGGGAUAACUAGACAAGCAUUUCAGUUCAUUGCAAGUCUGAUGAAUCAAGCCUUGCAAACUGUAGAGAGUUGCCCAUGUGAAGAAGGAUGUCCGCAAUGUGUGACUAGUCCUGUUUGCUCAGAGGAUAACGAUCUUUGUAGUAAGAAAGGCGCAUGGAUUGUUCUCAAAGCUAUUGUUGGGAAGAAAUAA